AUCUUUGAGUACGCAGAUGGCCCCAACACGCAGGUGAUGAGUGCUGAGGAACAAGCCUUCCGCUUCUCCGCCAACAUCAUUAACAGGAACAGAACUUUGUUGCCCAACACAACCCUAACCUAUGACAUCCAGAGGAUACACUUCCACGACAGCUUUGAAGCAACUAAGAAAGCCUGUGACCAGCUCGCUCUGGGGGUUGUUGCAAUAUUUGGACCUUCCCAAGGCUCUUGCACCAAUGCUGUCCAGUCUAUCUGCAAUGCCCUGGAAGUCCCCCACAUACAGCUCCGAUGGAAGCAUCACCCUUUGGAUAACAAGGACACUUUCUAUGUCAACCUGUAUCCUGACUAUGCUUCCCUGAGCCAUGCCAUCCUGGACCUCGUGCAGUACUUGAAGUGGAGGUCAGCCACAGUGGUGUACGAUGACAGCACAGGCCUCAUACGGCUGCAGGAGCUCAUCAUGGCCCCGUCCCGCUACAACAUCCGCCUGAAGAUCCGCCAGCUCCCGCUGGACACUGACGACGCCCGGCCGCUACUCAAGGAGAUGAAGCGGGGCAGGGAAUUUCGCAUCAUCUUUGACUGCAGCCACCUGAUGGCAGCUCAGAUCCUCAAGCAGGCUAUGGCAAUGGGGAUGAUGACAGAAUAUUACCACUUCAUCUUCACAACUCUGGAUCUUUAUGCAUUAGACCUAGAACCAUAUCGCUACUCUGGGGUGAACCUGACCGGCUUCCGGAUCCUCAACGUGGAGAACCCACACGUGUCCUCCAUCAUUGAGAAGUGGUCCAUGGAGCGGCUGCAGUCAGCACCCAAGGCAGAGCUGGGGCUCCUUGAUGGUGUGAUGAUGACAGACGCUGCCCUGUUGUACGACGCGGUGCACGUGGUGUCCGUGUGCUACCAGCGUGCGCCGCAGAUGACUGUGAACUCCCUGCAGUGCCACCGCCACAAGGCCUGGAGGUUCGGCGGCCGCUUCAUGAACUUCAUUAAAGAGGCCCAGUGGGAAGGAUUAACUGGACGCAUUGUCUUUAAUAAAACCAGUGGUUUACGGACGGAUUUUGAUUUGGAUAUCAUCAGUCUCAAAGAAGAUGGCCUUGAAAAGGUUGGAGCAUGGAGCCCCUCUGAUGGUUUGAACAUCACAGAAAUCUCCAAAGGACGAGGGCCCAACGUCACGGACUCGCUGAGCAACAGAUCUCUGAUUGUCACCACCGUGCUGGAGGAGCCCUUUGUCAUGUUCCGUAAGUCCGACACCGCCCUGUUUGGGAAUGACCGCUUUGAGGGCUACUGCAUAGACCUCCUGAAGGAGCUGGCCAUCAUCCUGGGCUUCUCCUACGAGAUCCGUCUGGUGGAGGAUGGCAAAUACGGGGCACAGGAUGAGAAGGGGCAGUGGAAUGGCAUGAUCAAGGAGCUCAUCGACCAUAAAGCUGACCUGGCUGUGGCUCCUCUGACCAUCACUCAUGUCCGGGAGAAAGCCAUCGACUUCUCCAAGCCCUUCAUGACCCUGGGGGUCAGCAUCCUGUACAGGAAGCCCAACGGGACCAACCCCAGCGUGUUCUCCUUCCUCAACCCUCUCUCUCCCGACAUCUGGAUGUACAUUCUCCUUGCCUACCUGGGGGUCAGCUGUGUGCUCUUUGUCAUAGCCAGGUUCAGCCCCUAUGAGUGGUACGACGCCCACCCCUGCAACCCGGGCUCGGACAUUGUGGAGAACAACUUCACCCUCUUGAACAGCUUCUGGUUUGGGAUGGGAGCGCUGAUGCAGCAAGGCUCGGAGCUGAUGCCCAAAGCCCUGUCUACACGGAUCAUUGGUGGCAUAUGGUGGUUCUUCACCCUAAUUAUCAUCUCGUCCUACACGGCCAACCUCGCGGCCUUCCUGACAGUGGAGAGGAUGGAAUCCCCCAUCGACUCGGCAGAUGACUUGGCAAAGCAGACAAAAAUAGAGUAUGGAGCAGUAAAGGAUGGAGCUACCAUGACCUUCUUCAAGAAAUCAAAAAUUUCCACAUUUGAAAAAAUGUGGGCUUUCAUGAGCAGCAAACCCACAGCACUGGUUAAAAACAACGAGGAGGGGAUCCAGAGAACCCUGACAGCUGAUUACGCACUGCUGAUGGAGUCCACCACCAUCGAGUACAUCACCCAGAGGAACUGCAACCUCACCCAGAUCGGGGGGCUCAUCGACACCAAAGGCUAUGGGAUUGGGACGCCCAUGGGGUCACCGUACAGGGACAAGAUCACCAUCGCCAUCCUGCAGCUCCAGGAGGAGGACAAGCUCCACGUCAUGAAGGAGAAGUGGUGGCGGGGGAAUGGCUGCCCUGAGGAUGAGAACAAGGAGGCCAGUGCCCUAGGCAUCCAGAACAUUGGAGGGAUCUUCAUUGUCCUGGCAGCAGGCCUGGUGCUGUCCGUCUUCGUGGCCAUGGUGGAAUUCAUCUACAAGCUGCGCAAAACGGCGGAGCGCGAGCAGCGCUCCUUCUGCAGCGCCAUGGCUGACGAGAUCCGGCUGUCGCUCACCUGCCAGCGCCGGGUCAAGCACAAGCCCCAGACCCCUGUGAUGGUGAAGACGGAUGCGGUGAUCAACAUGCACACCUUCAAUGACCGACGGCUGCCCGGCAAGGACAACAUGACCUGUAACACCGGAUUGGCACCUGUGUUUCCCUAGGGAAUGGCAGUGGGGGGGGUGGGAGGGAAGGAAUUGCGGCAGACAAGGCUGGAUGCACCCUUAACUAGGGAAGAAUGGAUUAAACAAAUGAGAAAAAAAAAGAAAAAAAAAAAAAGCCUGGUUUGUUCAUUUCAAGAACAAGGCCUUUGCAACCCAGCUGAAUCCAUCACCGCAGUGGAGCCAGAACUUCCAACCACGGACAGUAACGUGGGUCUUGGGGCUUUUUGCAUUUGUUUUGUUACUUUUCAUUCCUUUUUUUUUAAUGCUUCGAUCCUCCAGGCCUCAUGGAGUCCAACCACAGGAGUCUGAUGUUUACACACCGAAAACACGUGGAGGUGAAGCAGAAUUGAGCCAACCCCAAGUGGUUGAGGAGGAGCCCCAAGUGUGGCUCCAUCAGCAAGGCAAUAAACAGGAACACUGGGUCAGGUGUGAGCACCUGAUCCACACCCACACACAGAGCACAUUUUGGAUACACUGCCUGGAAAAGAGAGAGGUACCUGGGAAGCAGCGGGAUGGUUGAGGCCAUGCCUGUCCUCAGAGCAGCUCGUGGUGGUCCUCACUCGCGGCUGUGCUGGCUGCAGCUAUGCGGAGCGCGAUGUCCACGUGGGAGUGCGGUGGCAGAAGGUGACACAUGUUCCUCAGCAGAUCCAGGGCGCUGGGAAGGGGAAGGUGAGUCUGAAAUGGAGCCAAGCUGUGGGCCAGGAAGGGCACAGCAUGACAUGCACAGGACCUUCUGCACCUCCGAGUGACAGCACCCACACUCCCCGUGCCAAGCCCCAGCCUGAGCCCCAAGGCUGAUCUCCAGGUCCUCAGCUCUGUCUCUGCUUUUCCUGCAAAGCUCAGUCUCUCCUGCAGUGAAGCAUGGGAAGCAACCAGGUCCACAGGCUUCAGCAGGAGCAAAGCUGCUUCCAAGAGCCAGAAGUACCAAUCUCCAUGAAAUUCAGCAGUGCUGAACUGCAACUCCACACUGGGAAGGGACUGUGGGCCUGGUUUAGGACUAAGUGCUCUCAAUGGCAUCAAGGACCUGAAGGAUUAAUCUCAGCCAAGGCUGACCUGGGAGGAGCAGAGCCAAGCCUGCUCUGACCACAAACUGCCACCCCUCAGGCAGCCUCUCUGUGAGAUUUAAGCAAACACACACUAAAAUGUUUUGAGGAAAUCUUCCAUGAAUUGUUUUCUUAUUUUCAGGUUGCUUAACCCAGAAAGUUGGUCCUGCAGAUGAAUUUAGGCAGAAUUACCAAAGAACCCUCUGCUGACCUAAGGUGAACAUCUGGAAUUACUGGUGCACUGCCAGCCAGGUCAAACCCUGCAGAUGAACCUUUUCCUUCCAUCCCUACACCCCUAAAUCAGCCACGAGCUACAGACAAAUUCCUGCGUCUACAAAUUCCUGCAUCCAUGAUGGCUUUGUGUUAAAGUUUUGAUCGUUGGAACGUUUGACAUCCAAGAAGGGAAUGUUCUGCAGCCCCCAAAACAAUUCAGAGGAGCUGCAGGGACCCCAGCCCGGCGUGGACCCUUCCCCCUGGCUCCCGCUCACUGUGACCUGAGUGGACAAUGUCAGCCCUCAGCCUUCCUGCGGGGCCAGGGGCAGCUCACCCAGGAGAGCUCCCAGAGCCUCUCUUAUGCCUCCCUGUGUGCUUCUGGCCCCGAAGUCCAAAGCCAUGUGUGUUCAUGCCUGAGGAGGAGCAGCCAGCCCAACGCCUCACAGCCCCGUGUUGGGAGACUUGGGAGGGACAGACCUGAUGACAAAGCCUCAAAGCCUUCAUAAGCGCAUCUGUGACCUGGUUGGGACUAGUGACAACUCACAUCUGAAUUCAUCUGACUUCCAACGCUGUUCGACUCAGUUCUUUUCGUCCCUUGGGCAGAGGGGCUAGAAAACUGAGGAGGAAAUACAGAAAAAGCAGGUUUGGGUUAUUAAACUGUAUCUAAACUGUUGUCACCUCGUCUCACUGUCCCCUUAGCACUUGCUUUUUUCCUCCAACUCUCCUGUGAGGCAGAGCAGGGACAACCAGCAGCUUCCCUGGGGUGGAUUUUCUGUUUGGAGUCAACCAACAGCACGUGUCAGGUCUGAUGCCAAGGGGACAGACCCACAGAGAGGUGGAAUAUGCAAAGAGGAGCCAGCUCCAGGUCUGGGCACCCACUGCUCCACCUCGGUGCUGGGAGCAGGACUUGGCUGGCUGCCGAGCAGAGGCUCUCUGGGCAGGUCACAGCAAAGGGACAUGUUGGAUCCUUGGUGGCUUCACCUGGUGUUCACCCCAGCACCCAGUGCCCAUGGGGUACAACAAUCCCCAGAGCACUCCAAGCUGGCAGGGCAGGGGCGUUCCCAGGCGUUGGCAUCAUGAGCCCUCUGCUCUGUACCUUACUUUGACAUGUUUAUCAAAAAAAAAAAAAAAAAAAGAAAAAGAAAAAAAAAAUUUAAAAAACACCAGAAAAUAGUGGGAAAAAGGAAAAAAUAGUCUCCGUGACAUUCAGGGGAUUUUCCUUUGUG